AGGGACCGACGCGCUGAAUCACUGAUUCUUUUCUUGUUCUUUUUCUUUAUUAUAAAGAUCUAAACCUAUUUUAUUUUUAAACAUUUCGAGGUGUUUUGUAGCCUUGUUGGAGCUAUGCUUUUUGAUUUCUCUGCAUAAGUGCAUAAGUGCUUUUAUUUUGUAGGUAACAUACCACGUAUCAGCGGAACCGGAUGUUCUUCCAUUAGCAAUAUGGCGCCUAACGUUAGUAGAUAUAGCAGAGUCUCUUUGUUGUGUUGAUAAAGUAUCAGUUAGCUCCACCAGUACUGAUCCAUCAGAGUCUAUGUAAGUCUGGAUAAACCUGUCUGAAUGGACUUUUAGCUCUUCACCUUUUUUUUCUGGAUGUUUUUCCUCUGACUCAUCUCCCGGUAGCCUACAAAGCUAUUGAAGUUAGCUUAGCAUGCUAGCUGGAAACAGACCGACGGGGACGGAAGUUAGCAACACAGCGCUAGUCAGAGUUUAAUGUAGAGUAAGAGAGUUUGUGUGGAGAAAACGUUUCUGUCGUUGUGUGAAAAUGUCUAAAGUCCAAAUGCUGAGAUCGUUUGUCAACCAGCGACUAACUGCGGCUGCUGAAGAGAUAUUUGGUCUGUUUGAAAGAACGAUAACCGAGUACGAGGAGGAGAAUGAGCGACAACGGAAACUACUGGACGCUGUUUUCAACCCUCAGCUUCGGUUACACAGAGCAGAUGUCCAGCAGCUGGUGGUGGUUAAAGAAGAGCAGCAGGCGUGGAGCUCCAGUCUGGACCAGGAGGACCCAGAGCCCCCACACAUUAAAGAGGAACAGGAGGAACUCUGGACCAGUCAGGAAGGAGAACAGCUUCAAGGGCUGGAGGAGGCUGAUGUCAAGUUCUCAUUCACUCCUGAGAAGAGUGAAGAUGAUGAAGAGGAAGCUCAGUACUCACUGCUUCAUCAAAGACAAACUGAACAGAUGGAAACAAAUGCUAUUGAAGAAGAUUGUGGAGGACCAGAACCAGGAAGAAACUCAGAUCCAGAUAGACAUCCAGAACCAGAUACUGAUGAGAAGAUUGGAGACUCUGUUGAACCUGAGACUGAACACAGUGAUGAUUGGAAGGAGACCAGAGAACCUCAGUCAGGUUUAAACUCUCUGAAUAAUGAUGACGUGUCUGUCAGUGAUUCAAGAUGUAGUGCUGGUGAGAAACCAUUAAGCUGCUCUGAAUGUGGGAAAAGAUUUCGCCUCAAGAAAGAUUUGAAGAAACAUAUGAGAGUCCACACAGGAGAGAGAACUUUCAGCUGCUCAGUCUGUGAUGAAUGUUUUUCACAGAGUGGACAUUUACAGGUACACAUGACAUUUCACACAGGGGAGAAACCUUUCAGCUGCUCAGUCUGUAAUAAAUCUUUUUCACAGAGGGGACAUUUACAGGUACACAUGAGAUUUCACACAGGAGAGAAACCUUUCAGCUGCUCAGUCUGCAAUACAGCUUUUUCACAGAGUGGACAUUUACAGAGACACAUGAGAUGUCACACAGGAGAGAAACCUUUCAGCUGCUCAGUCUGUAAGAACUCUUUUUCACGCAGUGGAGGUUUACAGAAACACAUGAGAAUCCACACAGGAGAGAAUCCUUUCAGGUGCUCAGAGUGUGGUAAAAGUUUCACUGAAAGUGGAAAUCUGAAGAAACACAUGAGAAUCCACACAGUAGAGAAACCUUUCAGCUGCUCAUUCUGUAAGAACUCUUUUUCAUGCAGUGGAGGUUUACAGAAACACAUGAGAAUCCACUCAGGAGAGAAACCUUUCAGCUGCUCAGAGUGUGGUAAAAGUUUCACUAAAAGUGGAAAUCUGAAGAAACACAUGAGAUGUCACACAGGAGAGACACCUGCUUAGUCUGUAACAAAUCUUUUUCACAGAGUGGACGUUUACAGAGACGCAUGCUAACUCACAUGGGCGAGAAACCUUUCUGUUGCU